AGAAAACGUCCGAGUCUCAUUUUCUACCUCAGUUACUGGCAUCCAUAACGGUCUCUCAUUUUUAAGAAAGCAGGCUUUCUACACUGUCUUUAAUAUCAUUAUGUCCUGGAAACUGGGUAGGAGCAAGAAGUCUUCAGUCUACAAUUUACUGGCUGAAGACGUCAUGAAUGCUCGUUCCAUUACCCCCACUCCCGGAAAUUCCGAUGGCACUCCCAGCUCGAGUUCAAGGUCCGGUCUUCUUGCUAUCCGUGUUCUAUGGGCGGAAGGUCUAGCGCUUCCUCCUGGCAUCGCCACUCCCGCGGCCGUCCAAAAGGCUCUGUCAUCCCAGCAGGCAAAAGUUGCUUCAUCUAUUUCCCCAUCUAGCGUUGAGCAAGGUCCUCGCAUUCAUCAAUGGGGGAGAACUCUUCCAUCAUCUUCAAAGGGAACAGCGGUUCAAUGAAGAACAUUCUUGGUAUGAGUGGAUAAGAAUAAGAACCAGAAUGAGAGGAAGCACACUUACACAAUCCAAGCGUUCCUAACAUCCUCAGAUACCCAAAAGCAGUGGCAGAUGACACGAGAGAAGCUAGCUAGGUAUGGUCCAGAAUGUCGAAGCAAAUGUAGGAGAUGUGUAUACCAGGUUCGGUAUUAUACCAUGCCUAAGAAAUCGUUACAGGGAACCUUCAACCUCGAGCUAAGCCGCACUAGUGAUUGAUCACAAAG